AUGAAGCUUUCGCUCUAUUAUGCCUUUGCAUUUCUGCUCGCGGUAUCCUAUGGAGUGGAUAUCAAAGCUAGAAAUCCAACAACCACGACAGUCACAGUGACUGUUACUGCUACUGCAUCUCCUAGCAAGACCACAAGCACCAAGACCACGACUUCGAAGACCACAACCUCAAAAACUAAGACUAGCAAGACCACAUCCUGGACCAAAACAACCCUUACAACCACAACUUUAAGCACAACGAAAUCCUCGUGUGCCCCUACAGCGCCGGCCGGGACACAGAGCCUCUACGGCCAAUGUGGUGGCCUGAACUACUGUGGUCCCACGAAUUGCCCAAAGGGAGCAUACUGUCGGGAUGGGUUGCUGGAUGACAAUCCGUUCUAUUCUCAGUGUGUUGCAAGCAGCACCAAGACACCUGACCCCAUCAUCACCAGCACUAUCAUUACGACCGUCACCGUCACGCCGACCUCCCCAGGGAUUACAUAUAUCACAGUCACAACGACAGUCACAGCCACAUCCAAGUAA